GCCCCCAAAUCGUCACUUCCCCCUGAUUCACAAGCAAGCCCCAAAUCAUCAGUGUGUGACAGAAAAACCCCCCUUAAAAACGUCCGUGCGGUGGGCGUAGGUUAAGAGAGACCGUGCGCGCGCGAAAUCUCUCACACGCCCACAGCUCAAACGCGCGCGCGAGAGGAGGGGAGGGGUUUGGUUUGCUUGGACACUUUGGUUUGGUCGGGUAGCUCACCUCACUCUCAUCCGACCAGCGACUCUCUCCCUCCUCCUCGCUUGCACACUUCGUACUCUCUCUAGUCCCCCGCAUACAUGUCGUCCGCGGCCGUGGCGUCUCCGAGGGAGACGGUGUCGCCGCCCAUGUCGCUGGGGAAGGUUGGUGUCGCCGUCGUCGGCGGCGGGAGGAGGAGGUCGAGGUACCGCCUCGAGACGAGGGGGUUGUCGUACGUGCUCCCGGCGAGGGGGGCGGCGGCGAGGUUGUUUCUUGGAGGCGGUGGGGAGGAGAGGUUGCUCCUGAGGGGCGUGACGUGCGAGGCGCCGCCCGGGGAGGUGGUGGCGAUCGUCGGGCCGAGCGGGGCCGGGAAGACGACGCUGCUGUCCGUGCUGGCCGGGUCGGCCGACCCGGCGAGGGUGGUCGCCGGCGAGGUGCUGGUGAACGGGCGCGCCAUGGACGCUGCGAGGUUCCGGCGGGUGUCCGGGCACGUCCCGCAGGACGACGCGCUGUUCCCGAUGCUCACCGUGGAGGAGUCGCUGGUGUACAGCGCGCGGCUGAGGCUGCGCGGGGCGGGCGGCGGGAAUGGCGGGGCGGCGGUGGCGAGGGCGAGGGAGCUGAUGGCGGAGCUCGGGCUGCGGCACGUGGCCGGGUCGAGGGUGGGGAGGGUGUCCGGCGGCGAGCGGCGGCGGGUGUCGAUCGGCGUCGACCUCGUGCACGACCCGGCCGUGCUGCUGCUCGACGAGCCCACCUCGGGCCUCGACUCCGGCUCCGCGCUCCACAUUGUCAAGAUGCUCAGGGACAUGGCCGCCGCGCACGGCAAGACCGUCGUGCUCACCAUCCACCAGCCCGGGUUCCGCAUCCUCGAGCUGCUCGACCGCGUCGUCCUCCUCGCCGACGGCGCCGUCCGCCACCACGGCUCCCUCGGCUUCCUCGAGGCUCGCCUCGCCGCCUCCGGCCACGGCAUCCCUCCCCACGUCAACGUCCUCGAGUACGCCAUGGAGUGCAUCGACUCCCUCAAGCCCGAGGUCACCACGGCGGACGCGAGCCACGCGGACGCCGCGUCGGGGUCGUCACGGCGGCGCGCGAGCUCCGCGCCGUACGCGAACUCGGCGGCGGCGGAGGUGUGCAUCCUGUCGGCGCGGUUCGCGAAGACGGUGCUGCGGACGCCGCAGCUGUUCGCGGCGCGGAUGGCGCAGUCGCUCCUCGCCGGCGCGUUCCUCGGCACCGUCUUCCUGGGCGCCGGCGACCUCCAGUCGAGGCUGGGCUUCUUCGCCUUCACCCUCACCUACGUCCUCUCCUCCACCACCGAGGGCCUCCCGGUGUUCCUCCAGGAGCGGCGCAUCCUGGAGCGCGAGACGUCCCGCGGCGCGCACCGCGUCGCCUCCUACGUCGCCUCCAACGCCGCCGUGUUCCUCCCGCUCCUCCUCGCGUCGGCGCUGCUGUACGCCGCGCCGGUGUACUGGCUCGCCGGCCUCGCCAGGGAGCCCGGCCGGUUCGCCUACUUCUCCCUCGUCGUCUGGCUCGUCAUGCUCACCGCCAACUCGUUCGUCGCGUGCUUCAGCGCGCUGGCGCCCAGCUACAUCGUCGCCAACUCCCUCAUCGCGGGCCUCAUCGGCUGCUUCUUCCUCUUCUCCGGCUACUUCGUGGCGAGCAAGAACAUCCCCAGGUACUGGGUGUUCAUGCACUACGCCAGCCUGUUCAAGUACCCGUUCGAGGCGUUCCUCGUCAACGAGUACGGCGGCGCGCGCGGCGGCGCCGAGUGCCUCGCCGAGGUCGGCGGGGGGCUCUGCGUGCUCGACGGCGCCACGCUGCUGCGGCAGCAGGGGAUGCGGGCGAGCAUGCGGUGGAGCAACGUCGCCGUCAUGCUCGGCUUCGUCGUCGGCUACAGGCUGCUCUGCUUCGUCUUCCUCUGGUUCAGAUGCCACCGCAUGAGGAGGUGAAGCGCGCCAAAAAAAAUGCAAAUAGUAAUUGCUCAAUCUGAAUUCGACAUUUUUUUUCUUCUCUUUUUUUGCUGUGCUUUUUUUUCUCUGAGA